AUGUCAGCGGUCAUCCAAUCAGAUAGUUCAGAAUCCGCAUGGGAUUUUGAGCCAUCUGAUGGGGGGUUCUCGAGUGAUCAAACAUCACUGAUCAGGAAGACAAAGGCGUUUAGAACAUUACAGGAAACAAACCAUGGAGUGCUGGAGCUGCACCAAGAGAAUAAAGUUGCAGUGACCAUCCUGCAGGACCCCUCAGCUGAGGAAACAUUAAUGCAUAAGGCAAAGAAUGUUAGAGGGGAUACAAUAUCCAAUAUCAAAACAAGACCGCCCACAAAAACGCGCCCCGCACAAUCGACUGCAUUGCAUAGUUUGCCAGAAGCUGCAGACGCGACAUGGGGAGCGGGAAUGCCAGAGCCAUCGGCUUCCCAAGCACCACUGACACCUCUAGACAAUCCUCGGAGGGUAGGACCAGCAUCUCGUCCUGCUAACUAUGCUGACAAGGAAGCUGCUUCCAAAUAUUCUGCCAAUGAACUGGAUUGCGGGGGUAAACACGGUCCUAAAGAUGGGCUGGAACAACCUAAGGAGAAAGGAAUUCAGUUGAAGACAAAAGGUCAUAAAUGUCCUGCCGAAGAUGUAUUGCAGGACUCCCCCACAAAACACACAAGAAGCAAGGCCGUGGAUCUCCCCCCCAAACGAUCCAAGAAGCCAAACUCCAGAUAUGCAGCAAACUUCAUCUGCUCAUAA